ACGGGACGAAAAAAAUCGUUAAAUAGAUAAGUUUUGAUAUUCAGAGAAAACACCGCCAUCUUGCGGUGGAGCGGCGGCCCAGCACUUCCCGUGACGCAGAGAAACGCGGUAAAACGAUAUUCCGGUUCUGCUCACAAGGAGGCUCAGCAGCAUGGCAUCCGACGAAACCAUGGCUAACGUUAACGGACGGGAGACGGUCUCCUUGAACGGGGAGCCGGUCGUGAAGCGGCCACGGGAGUGCCCCUCGCAGGUUACGGCUCUCCGCGUCCCGAAGGAGCCUCAGAACAAAGUGACCGUCGUGCUCGGGGCGCAGUGGGGCGACGAGGGCAAAGGAAAAGUUGUGGACUUGCUCGCAAUGGAUGCGGAUAUCGUCUGCAGGUGCCAGGGGGGCAACAACGCAGGUCACACGGUGGUGGUGGACUCGGUGGAGUAUGACUUCCACCUGCUGCCCAGCGGAGUGCUCAACAAGAAGGCCGUCUCCUUCAUCGGCAACGGAGUGGUGAUACACCUGCCAGGUCUGUUUGAAGAGGCUGCCAAGAACCUGCAGAAAGGCAAAGGAUUACAAGGAUGGGAGGAGAGGUUAAAGAUUUCUGAUCGUGCCCAUAUUGUGUUCAACUUCCAUCAAGCUGUCGAUGGCAUCCAGGAGCAGCAGCGGCAGCAACAAGAAGGGAAAAAUUUGGGAACCACCAAGAAGGGUAUCGGUCCUGCCUACUCCUCCAAAGCAGCUCGGAACGGUAUUCGAGUGUGUGACCUGGUCUCAGAUUUCAAGGUUUUCCAGGACAAGUUUCGUAUGUUGGCAGAACAUUUCCUGACGAUGUAUCCAAACCUCAACAUCGACAUCGAUGGUGAACUGGAGCAGCUGAAGGGCUAUGCAGAGCGGCUGCGUCCUCUGGUGACUGAUGGGGUGUACUUCAUGCACAAAGCUCUCAAUGGACCCAGCAAGAAAAUCCUGGUGGAGGGGGCCAACGCUGCUCUCCUGGAUAUCGACUUUGGAACUUAUCCCUUCGUGACGUCCUCCAACUGCACCGUGGGAGGAGUGUGCACCGGCCUCGGCGUGCCUCCAUCAUACGUCGGCCGAGUGUACGGUGUCGUCAAAGCGUACACCACCCGGGUGGGCGUCGGUGCUUUCCCGACAGAGCAGGACAAUGAGACUGGAGACCUGUUACAGACCAGAGGCAGAGAGUUCGGUGUGACGACGGGCAGGAGGAGGCGCUGUGGUUGGCUGGACUUGAUUUUGGUCCGAUACGCCCACAUGGUCAACGGCUUUUCUGCGAUCGCGCUGACGAAGCUGGACAUUUUGGACACGCUGCCAGAGAUUAAAGUGGGCGUGGCCUAUAACGUUGAUGGAGAACCUCUACCAAGUUUUCCCGCCAACAUGGACGUUCUGACACGGGUGUCAGUGGAGUACAAGACGUUGCCGGGCUGGUGCUGCAGCACCGAGGCGGCUCGGAGCUUCGAGGACCUGCCGUCACAGGCCCAAAGUUACAUUCGGUUCAUCGAGGACUUCCUGCAAGUGCCAGUGAAGUGGGUCGGAGUCGGCAAGUCCAGAGAGAGCAUGAUCAAACUGUUUUGAUCCACCUGCAGACCCACAGUCCUCCUCAACUACAGCUCAGAUGAUAAUUUCAGGUUUAUAUAGGAUUACCGGAGGGAUUUAAAAUGCAAACUCUUAUCCUAAAGGAAAUACGUCACCAGCAAGGCUAUUUGUGAAACUUUUAGUUGCUGCUUGUGCUUCAUAUUCACAAUAAUUCCUCUUAGAUAUAUAAUUUAUGCAUUCCACAUGAUGUUUCUAUAUUUAUUAGGGUGUUAAUUUUUAAACAUGGUGCAGAUGGAUCACUCGGUCUUUAUUCCAUUCCACAUUUAAAGCUUUUGUUUUUCCUUUUUUUUUUUGUAAGCAUUUGAGGCUAAUUAACUUUAAUUGACAUCUGUUCAUCAUGUUAGUUUUUUAACAUAUAUUCAAAGAGCAAUCGAUGAACAGACGUAGAAUCUUUCAUAUUAAAGGGCGUCACAUUCAGGCUUUGUAAUGAGAUGGACGGAACGGUUGAAAGCCGUCGAGCAGUCGGUGCGAUUGUGAACUUUUUCUAAUCAAUAAUUUUAAAAACAUGAAUGCAUCUCAAGUCGUCGAGUUUGUAACUAUUUUUCAUCCUGAUUGUUGGAAUGAACACGGUUUUUAAAUCAUCCUCAAGACAGACGAGUCAACGCUGCUCAACUUGAAUUUGAACAGUUGUUGUCUUUAUUAUAACGGAGGAAUAUAAAUAAAUAGUUCUACGUCCACACAGAGGCGUUCACUGAUGUUUGAGAAGUUUGUGUAAAUGUAAAGAAAAAAUGGCCAAUAGGCAAUAAUGUACCGGAGUACAUCUCAGUGUGUUUCCUACAACUUUCAUUCAUUUUGUCAAUGUAAAAGACUUACCAGCUUGCUGUUAUCAAUAAAAGGAAACUGUAACAUGAA